CAAAAGAAGCCCAAAGGAAUUGGAAAAAAAAACACAAAUUAACUGUCUUUUUUAAGUCUGUGCCUUCUCUUAUGCUAAGGUUCAAUUUUUCUGGUUUCCCUCAUGGCUGCUGCUGCUGCUCCACUCCCAAAAUUCCUUCUUUCACCUCAUUUCAGAGUGAAGCUAAUAUCAAAUCAACCAUGGAUCGGCUAACUAGUGCAGCACGUCUCAUGAUAGUCUCAGAUCUUGACCAAACAAUGGUCGAUCAUCACGAUCCUGAGAACCUCUCUCUGCUUAGAUUCAAUGCUUUAUGGGAAACCAAUUAUCGCGAAAACUCCUUGCUAGUGUUCUCAACUGGGAGAUCACCAACACUUUACAUGGAGUUGAGAAAAGAGAAGCCCAUGCUAACUCCGGAUAUUACCAUUAUGUCUGUGGGAACUGAAAUAACAUAUGGUAACUUUAUGUUGCCAGAUGAUGGUUGGGAAGCAUUUUUAAAUAACAAAUGGGAUCGGAAAAUAGUAACAGAGGAGACAAGAAAAUUUCCUGAACUCACACUUCAGUCUGAAACAGAGCAACGACCUUACAAGGUCAGUUUCUACAUUCAGAAAGACAAGGCUCAAGAUAUAAUGAUAACUCUUUCCAAACGCUUGGAAGAACGUGGGUUGGAUGUCAAAAUAAUUUACAGUGGAGGGAUGGCUUUAGACAUUUUGCCGCAAGGUGCUGGCAAAGGACAAGCACUUGCAUAUUUGCUUAAGAAAUUAAAGAGCGAAGGCAAAUUACCAAACAAAAUACUUGCCUGUGGUGACUCUGGAAAUGAUGCUGAGCUUUUCAGUAUCCCAGAUGUUUAUGGUGUGAUGGUAGCGAAUGCACAGGAGGAAUUAUUACAAUGGCAUGCUGCAAAUGCGAAAGAUAAUCCAAAAAUAAUUCAUGCAACAGAGAGAUGUGCCGCGGGUAUAAUACAAGCCAUUGGGCGUUUUAACCUUGGACCAAGUACCUCUCCUAGAGACGUUACAGAUAUGUCAGACACCAAGAUGGAGAACUUUGUUCCUGCAUAUGAAGUUGUCAAAUUUUACCUGUUUUUCGAGAAAUGGAGGCGUGGAGAGAUUGAGAAUUCUGAUCUUUACUUGUCGAAGCUGAAAGCAGUUUGUAGACCAUCUGGUACUUUUGUGCAUCCAUCUGGAGUUGAGAAAUCUCUUGAGGAAUGCGUAAAUACAUUGGAAAAGUGUCAUGGAGACAAAAAGGGUAAACAAUAUCGUAUUUGGAUUGAUCAAGUCUUGCCUACACAGGUUAUUGGUUCAGAUUCAUGGUUAGUGAGUUUCAAAAAAUGGGAGCUUUGCGGCGAGGAGCGACAGUGUUGCAUAACUACUGUCUUAUUAAGUUCAAAGAAUGUGACAGUUGCAGACGGGCUCAUUUGGACACACGUGCAUCAGACUUGGCUGCAGGGCGCGGAGUCAGCAAGUGACUCCACGACCUGGUUCUUCUAGGUUUGACUCUGAAAAGUCGGCGUUCCUUUUACCAGUGCACAUUGUCCCUCUUACACUGUUUGUUCUCAUUCUUCCUUGAUGAUGAAUGUAUUACAAACCCAAACCCGAAAAGAAGGGUAAUCGUUUAGGUAAUAAGAAGUAUUGCUCUUCUUUUCGACAGUUGUAGCUGUAAAAUUUAUCGUUAUAGAACAUUAGUUGUAUGCUAAAUUUUCAAAAGUGUGAGUUUUGGUUUGAUUCAGUGACAUUUCUGGGACAUGUGGUCUCGAGAUAAGGAAUUUGAGUUCCUCUUUGUAAGGAGUACUUGUUCAUAAUGAAAAUCACAUAUAAUCAUCUCUA